CUGUCCUCAUUGCUCCAGAGUCCACGGAGGCGAUCCCUACCCUCUCUUCUCCUUGAUUUUUUCCUGAAGGAGGGCAGACCUGUGCAGUUGGUGGUGGCUGUGCUGUGCGCUGCAGUGAGCAACAGACUCGGUAUUUUCUACUUCUCAGAGCUGAUCUUCCCUGGUAACUGCUAUGGAACAGUUCAUCUCAGCCUUCCUGAAGGGUGCUUCAGAAAAGAAUUUCCACCAAUUAGCUAAGGAGUUUCUUCCUCAGUACUCUGCACUAAUCAGUAAGGCAGGAGGCAUGCUCUCUCCAGAGACUCUCUCUGCUAUUCACAAAGCCCUUCAGGAGGGAAAACUCUCCGAUGUCAUGAGUCAGAUUCAGGAAGCGAUUGGUGCUGCAGAGAAUGCUGUCCUGGAGGUGGCUGUGAUAGGGGAGUCUGGGACUGGCAAGUCCAGUUUUAUCAAUGCCCUGCGAGGGCUGAGUCAUGAGGCAGAGGACUCUGCUGAUGUUGGAACUGUGGAGACCACUAUGUAUAAAACCCCCUAUCAGCACCCAAAAUAUCCCAAAGUGAUCUUUUGGGACCUGCCUGGGACUGGGACUCCCAAUUUCCACACAGACACUUAUCUAGACAAAGUGGGAUUUGCUAACUAUGACUUCUUCAUCAUCAUUUCUUCUUCCCGCUUCAGCCGCAAUGAUGCUCUCCUAGCCCAGAAAAUCAAGGAUGCUGGGAAGAAGUUCUACUUUGUUAGGACCAAGGUGGACAGUGACUUAUAUAGUGAAGAGAAAACCAAACCCACAACCUUCAAGAAGGAGAAAGUCCUUCAGAGUAUUCGAGACUACUGUCUGGCUAAUCUCAAUGAUAUUGGAGUGACUGAACCACGAAUCUUCCUGAUCUCCAACUUUGAUCUGGGUGCUUUUGAUUUCUCAAAGCUGGAGGAGACUCUGCUGAAGGAGCUCCCUGGUCACAAGCGCCAUAUGUUUGCCCUGCUCUUGCCCAAUAUCUCUGAUGCUUCCAUUGAGAUAAAGAAACAUUUUCUUCAGGAGAAGAUCUUCCUGGAGGCCUUGAAGUCAGCAGCUGUGAGCUUCAUUCCCUUUAUGACCUUCCUUAGUGGCUUUGAUUUGUGUCAACAAGAACAGUGCUUGAAGGAGUACCGAAGCCAUUUUGGCUUGGAUGAUAAAUCGAUUGAAGAGAUUGCUAAAAAGCUGAACAUACCCUUGGAAGACAUCAAGGGCCAACUCAAGUGCUCAGAUUUCUGGUCCCUUGUAAAGGAUGACAGCAUAAUAGCACAAGCUAGGAGCGCUGCUGAAGCUUUUUGUGCCAUAAAAGGAGGCCCUGGGUCUUCUGUAAUCCAGGCUUUGAAAGUCUACUAUGGGCACAUUCAGUUCCUUAAUGUAGUGGUUGACGAUGCUAAACAUCUCUUGAGAAAGAUGGAAACAGUAAAUGUUGCCUAGCCAAAUAGUAAUUGGAUUUCAGGGCUUGUGUGUCCAAAUUGUCAAUGGAGUUGGUUGUCCUUCCACUAAAUUCCCAGGCCAGCUCUUCCCUAAGACCCACAGAUGUGUAACCCAUGCAAGAAGUCCAUUGCUUUUCUUUAGAGAUCACUACCAUGCAUGAAUUGUUUUUUGUCCAUGUCCUGUUUUAUAUGUUCAUUGGUUAACUAUUCUUGAUUACAGCCAGCAAUAACAUACCAUCUGCCUCUCUGUGUAAAGAGAUAACCUGUUUCUGAUCCAUUUAUACCAAUAAAAAAAAAAGGUUUAUUAUAACAAGAUGAGACUUAGA